UCUCAGAUAACUAACUAGGGAAAGGGUACAGUUUUCGUCUAAUUAGGGCUAAUUAAAUUCUUGGUAGCUGAGUAAAUAAACUGGAGCAGAUAGAUACGUCAUUACUACACCUGAAGCCAUUCAGCUACGUUGAGCUGGCUGAGAAUGUCUAAUCGGAGCAAGUCAAGACAUCCACGUAGUGCCAAGCCAAUAUCAGCAGGGUUCUCUGUCCUCAGCGACAGCAGAGAAUUUGAAACCAUGAAACAAAAUGAGGUUGCCUACAAGUCAAGGAUACGAUCGUUGGAGUUAGAGUUGAGCACUCUCAAACAUCGACUGGACUCUCUAAGAAAGGCCAAGAGCACAACCAUAGUACGUAGAGAGGUGGAGCAUGUCAGAGUGUCUUCACCCAAACUAGGCAGACGUUAUUACAGUUCUCUUGAUAGUCGACCGUCUACAGGUUCAUUACAAGAACCCACACCCACACAGAGUGCUUGCAAUCAUGGAGGUAGUGACAUGCUUGCUCAACUAAAAGAACUACGGAAGCAGGUGGGGUGUCUGGACAGGGAGCUCCUUGCAGAGAGGGCCAGCCACGACAAGCAACGUGAGAACUUGGUGAUUCAACACGAGACAGAGAUGAACACUCUCAGGGAGAAGUCACAAUCACAGCUCAGUGCAUUGAGGGAAAGCGUGAAUAAAAUAAAGGAAGACCAAAUCAAAACUGAAUGUGAGCAGUGCUCAGAGGUUCUGUGUGAGUGUGAGAGAGUGAGGGGGGAGAGUGAUGAGCUGAGGGAGAAGCUGGGGCAGCUGGUAUCCAUGAACCAGCGACUGAGAGACAGCAACCUUCUCUUGCAGGGCAAGUGUGAGACACUCCUGGAGGACCUCAGCAUCAAGGAGGCAAAGUGGACAGAGAGGGAAGAGGCACUAAAGAACGAGAUACGGAAGCAAUGGGGGCAGCGAUACCAUGAAUGGUUAGUCAAGGCUGAGAAGAAAAUGGAAGAGCUCCAACAAGUCAACACUCUACUGCAAGGAAUGCUACGGACUAAAGCACACAAUCCAGAUCUAUAAUAGUCAUAUUUCAUUUAGUACUUCAUUUCAUUUAGUACUUCACAGCAUUUACCAUAUAAUAUUAUUAUGUUCACAAAUUUGGUUAACCCAAAAUUUAUUAAAAUAUAGAAAAACAUGAAUAUAAUAAUAAUACUAACAUAUUGUUCAUACAGUUAUAAUUCAA